AUGGUGCACUAUGAAGUGAUCGUUGGCAUCAGGAAGCAAUCGUCGCACUAUCUGUUGCCCUUUAUCAUCGUCUACGCGCCCACCAUGGGAACCGAAGCACUCAUCAUAGUGAUUCACAUGUUACAUAUUCACUCGCCGACCCUCGAUUUCGCAUACAGGGAAGAGGCAAAUGGCCUAUACAUAUUCUUCAUUGUUGUCCUGAUAAUAACGCUGAUAAUCCAAGGAGCCAUGCUGGCCGCGGUGUGCCAGUGUCGAUACUAUCUCUCAUGCAAAGAGAUGCAUUUAGCUGCCUUGAAAGUAGCCGAAAGCAGCGUUGUUUUUGUUUCGCCACCGGUUGGCUCCAAUAAUCCUCCACUCUCUGCACCCAGUGCUAAUGGAUUGGCUGCUGGAGAUGCUCACUCGGCAACAGGUAUCUCAAAUGGUAAUCCAGCGGUCUGA